UCCAGAAUUCCCCCAAAGCUUAUGAUCCCAAAGAAGCCAAUUUCAUAUGUUACACAGUUGUCUGUGAUGUAAGCAACCACGCCACCACCACCAGGCCCUUCUAUUCCUUUCUUCCUUAAAACUCCCCCACAACACAAUUCUUCUCUCCACUUCGCUUCCCCAUCACUCCGUUGACACCACGUCGCCGUUCUCGCCAGCGAUGCAAGGCCUCCGACGUUACCAAAACGACAUCGUUCAACUUGACCUAAAUCCAACUUCGUCUUCUCCUUCCUCUUCCUCCACCAUGACCGGCGCUCCCACUAACUUGUCAAUCGAUGGAGAAGAAUCCACUGAGACCAAAAUUCAACGCCUUAUUUCUGAACACCCGGUGAUCAUCUUCAGUCGAUCUUCCUGCUGCAUGUGCCACGUCAUGAGGAAACUACUCGCUACCAUCGGAGUUCACCCCACCGUCAUCGAACUCGAAGACCAUGAGAUCUCCGCUUUGCCUCCGACGGCCUCGAAUGACAGCCAUGACUCUCCUCGUAACCCUGCACCGCCUGCCGUUUUCAUUGGCGGCACCUACGUCGGUGGCCUUGACUCUCUCUUUGCUCUCCAUCUCAGCGGCCACCUCGUGCCUAAGCUCGUUGAAGUUGGCGCACUCUGGGUAUGAUAAAUAUUCCUGAUUUACAUAUAUUAUAAAUCUUAAAUUCAGGUUGUUAAUCUAUAAAAUUAAGUGGUUCUCAUAAAACUAGGAAAACAAGAAAAAAAAGUCUUUAAUGGUGAUCUUUGUUUCUGAGGUUAAGCUCCUCUAGGGUUGAUCUGUGGUACUGUAAUCAAUGAAGUGGGGCCCUAUAAGUGGGACCUAUGUGCAAUUAUUAAGCAAUCAGAGCCGUUGAAGUUGUUCUAGUUAAAGAAUGGUUAAUAAUGGGAUCUGGGUUUAGGGAGUAAAUUGAGAUGAUGAUGAUGAUGAUGACGAGGAGGAGGCACAGUGGGAGUUUCAGAUGCAAGUUCAGGUUCUGACAAAAAUUCUUCCAAUUAGUGAACUUGAAGUGAAUCUUCAUUGUGUUUGUUUCCUUUUUUUUUUUUUUUUUUUCAAAUAUUGUUCUUCCUUGGAAUUAAUUGUAUUUUUGUGUGAAAGUUUUUAUAUCUUCAGACAUAAUAUUUCAACUUCUCCA